AUGGCCGAUGCUGCUUUACACAAGGAUAGAGGCUACAAUGCGAACACUCAUUUUAUUAUCACUCAGCAUAUUGAAUGGGCAGCACUUCUUCCUAGUGGUCAUCUAGUGUGUAAUGUUUUAGCAUUGGUAAUGAUUUACAAACUCUAAAAGGAGAUGCGAGAGAUUCUUGGCUUUGCUGUGGAUGUUCUUGUAGCGUUUAAAGCCACCUCGAAAAUUGUGACUCGUGACAGCUACCGUGUCGAGUUUAAAGAACCUCUCAAGGGGAGAAAUUUUUAG